UCAAAAUUGAAAUGGAAAUUUAAUUUCUAACGCCGCCGCGCGCUUAUUUAUUGCCAUUAAAAUGGAAUUGUGUUUUAUCUUUUAAUUACUAUUACAACUGUGGCCUCAAAAUAUCGUUUCAAAGAAAGUUGUGUGAAAUAUCAAUCAAAUCGUAAACAUAAUUUUGCAUAUUCUUAAAUAUGUAUGAUUGAAGAUAACCUCUAACCUUAGCAUUCGGUUUGAAAAAUAACAUUAACUUAAGUAUUUCCUUACCUAUUCAUUUAAGAUGCAAAAGCUACAAGACAGUGUAUUUUCUAUUGUUAAAAGAAGCAGUUUAUCACCUGCUGUGUUUAGUUUUCUUCAACCUUCAGAAGAAAAUUCAGAUAGGACCCCUUUAGGGCAAAUACUUAGUGACACCAAACAUGCCUGGCUGGCCCUAGGCUCCAAAUUCUGUGUUAUUGACCUGAAAAGUGGCCUUAAAGUUGCUGCAAGAAAUUUUGGAUCACUAAAUAGCCACUCCCAAGUAUUUGUCACAAGUGUGGUCGAACUCCCCACUCCUCUGUCUAACAACUCGCAGCAGCUCAUCAUCAGCCUGCAGUGUGAUGAUGGAACGGGUAUCAUUUGCGUUCUUCACAUCAAUGGAUCACAGAUAUUACGCUGCAUACAAACGGAAGUGGUUGUUACUCAGAUAUCAGUGUGCGAUGAAAUUCCGAAUGGACCGUUCAGCUGUUUUGAUGGAGUUGUGAUGGCUGGCACGAAAAAUGGAGAGAUUUUCGUGUUUGAUUUGUAUCGUGCUAGUCUUAUUCAAGCAUUAAAAGACAUAUCACAAGGGUAUGAACACUUAGUUCAGGGCGAACAAAACCCAGCUAACCUAACAUUCCUGCCCUUGAACUCUAUCCAUAGACUUGAAGAACAAAGAGAUCUGGCCAUCGAGAAUGAACACCACAUCGCUGUACUGCUAAAUGAAAACUCCUUAGUUGAUGGACAAUACUUGUUUCGUAAUCCUGAUGGGUCUAUAUGUAUGAAGGCCAAAAGAGAUCAGAUAAGAAUAACGGCAUUACUCUACAUCCCACAGUUAGGUAGUUUAGCUGUAGGAUAUAAUUUUGGAGCUUUUCAAAUAUGGAACAUGAUGACUAUGGAUCUGGAGUACACAUCACAAGUUAAUGUGGAAUGUUUGCCAGUCACACACUUUGGAUUUCAGGAACCAUGUGACGAUCCCAGGGCAUUUUGUUACCUCUGGGUGGUGUUCUCAGUCCUGGACCGCCUCGAGGAGGAAGAGUUUCCAUUGGCUGUGAUGUACUCCCUCACAUACCAUGGGAAGAGGAUGUUAUCUGACACUAAAGGCCUCUAUCAGGAUUUCUCCAUGGCCAUACUGAGGUUCCAGGUGGACUUGUGUUCGAUGGAAGACUCCAUUCCGGCGAUUGGCGGGAAAUGCCUCUCGUGUCACACAUACGCUGUCAAUUCUUCUUUGGGAGAGGAUGGGGAAGAUAAUAUGCUGAAUAUCUGCCAGUUAGUAUGGGAAGUUUGGGGUGAAAAUACAAAUGCGCCUCCACAGUACGGAAUGAUAAUUUUCGAUUUGGACCAGUGGUAUAAAGAUCAAAUGCCAACUACAUGCCGCCUAGAAAGCAGCCCGUUCAUGAGUGCUCACAGUAUGGGAGAGUUGGCUAGUGGAAGCGCCUUAGACGCUCGUCUAUCAGCGCAUUCUGUCACCCCAUACUCGCAUUGUAUGAGGCUGGAGCAACAUUUCUACCCAAAUUCUUUGCAGUAUGAAUUCACCUGGCUCUCAACCUCCGAAUUCAGCGUAUCCCGUACUCUCGGCAUCCAGAGGCAGGUGUUAUCAGCCCUAGAAGGAGGCGGCCCGCUCGCGUUACUCCACCCCGCCAGCCUGUACUGCGCGGCGCGAGCGGCCGGACUGCAGCCUCUGCGAGCGGACCACACUGUGGCCGCCACUGCGGAUGAGCAACGUCGCUUUCUCCUGUCAGUGUGCGCAGAAGCUCGUCUGUCGCGGUUAUUGCGUCGCGCCGCCAGAGACUGGGCCACACAUACGCACGCUUCCGCCGGAUGCACUCUAGAUUUGCUGGUGGAUUGGUGCUGGACAAGGGCUAUAGAUCUCAAAGAAUACGCGAAAGAACUAACUGCCCCACUUUUCGUCUCAUCUGCGUUGCCAGACAAGAAUGUGGUGAGAUGCUUGGAGCACUGUGUCCAACAAUUGAUUCAACUUACGGGAUUACUCGAUGCGAUUAUAACUAAGUGCUGCAACCUGCUUGUUCCCGAUGCUCUUAGCGAAAUAGAAGAGAAGCACAAAGGCAUCGGCACAGUCUCCCUGUACUUCCAAGUGGUGCAGUGGUUUUUACGAGUGGGGUUGUUGCCGGAGAGAGGCGACCGCAGCCCCACGCUCCCGUACCCGGCCGAUCAGAUCCGCAGCCUGUAUGAUAAGAGGCGCCUCAAACUCCAAAGACUCCAAGAAAACGCUCCAGUAGACGAUAAAAUUAACAAGCCGUGCUCUCUUCUGUACAUUGAUCAGCUGAUUGAGAAUGAAUUUGACGGGGAGAAGGUUCGAGAAAUUUUGAUGCGGGGCGGUAGUGAAUCCUACGGCUUGUAUCCGCCACCGUCACUAUACUCUCUCCUACGACUCUACUUGUUGCCGGAGAUUUCAGAAGAACACAAACAUUCUCUAGUGCUGUACCUAUUGCUAGAUUACUCUAUGAUUUACGAUGAAGUGAGAUACGAAGCAGUAAUACGCCGCCUAAUGCAAUUCCCGACGAUGUUCGGUCUUAGCAACACCGCUAUCAAGGCGACGCAGGCAUUCUGGCAUCUAGACCACAGGGAUUUUGAUUUCGCCCUCGACCAGCUCCAAUGCUUAACUGGCAACACUCUUACCGACUGGCAACACAGCGUGGUACUCUCAUCUCUACUGGCUCAAAAGAAAAUGCAGGCCGCCCUACAAUACUUACACGUUCGAAAACCUGUUCCCGCACAGAAUAUGAAAAAUAUCAGCGCCGGAAAACUGUCAGAUUGGCAAGCGAGUUGUAAUCUAUACUUGGGCAGGCAGUUGCUGGGUGAAGCGCUUGAUGUGAUAAGAGUUUGUGCUGAAUAUUCAGCGAGCAAAGAGGAGAGGGAGAAAGUGCUCACUUUCUUUUUUAGAGGCUGUCGAAACACCGGCCAACUCAGUAAAGUGCUACAACUGCCGCUGAUGCCGUUUGAAGAAGAAGUGUUUAUAAAGUACUUGCAGGAGUGCGAUGAGCGACAGACAUCCGAUAUACUAAUUAUGUAUUAUUUACAGCAGGCCAGAUAUCUAGAAGCGGAACAGUAUAACAACAAGCUUAAAAAGAGCAAAUGUAAACAGAAAGACCUCGCCAAGUCGUCGGAGUCGCUCGCUGAGAUGAUAGACAGAGACAACGCCAGAGACACGCUGGUGGAUGUAGUGUGCGGCGCGCUGCCCGCCAUCGCCGGCCGCGUGGCGCGCUGCGCGGGCGCAGAGGGGGCGCGGGCGGCGCGCGUUGUGGCCCCAAAACCGAUGUCUGUAUUUGUUAAAGCCAAGUCUCCGAAAAAUACCUUCACUUAUAAAUCAUCAUUCAUUCAGGAUACGAUUGAGAACGCGAGUGAGACAUGGGUGAACAAGCCGAGGAUGCGGCGCGGAAUCAAACGUGCGCUCCAAGUGGAAGAAACUCCAUUCAUCUGCACUCCUAAACUGUCAAGGAACAGGAGCAUCUUCGCCGAAUCGCAACCGGACGCGGUGACUCCACCGAAACGUGCCAAGGUCGAGCAUCGAACCCCGAGCAGGCAACUCGCACCCACGCUGAGUCGGCAGAUGGCGACUCUACUCGACAUGGCCGAUCACACGCCUCAACAUGUCUACAGCAGAUCUGAGGCUGGCACACCACACAGUAUCCUCAAGAUAAAACGCGAAGUGUGCGACCGUGAGAUGGCGUCGCCGUGUGACUCCCACAGCGACGACGACGCCGCCAGCGACCGCACGGCCAGCACUCACUACAGCGACGCCAACAAACACCUUCGCUUCACGAUUCCCACCGCGUCGGAGUCGGGGUCGACGCCCUCGCCGCCGACAGAGACGGAGAUAGCGGCCGCGGCCGGUGCGAGGGAGACGGCUGCGUUUGAUAGCUUCACCACCACUCCCACGCAUCCUAUGACCGAUAAACACGAGUUGGAAUCGCCUCCAAAGAAGCAAGCCACAGAAGACAAGAUGGGCGCUAAAAAGUACAAGGACACAGUGCGGGCCAGACGCUCCCUAUCAAUAUCCGCAAAUAGUAGUCUCUCAGACGACCCCAACACUUCGAUAGAAAGCAUCGCCGACAUUCCUAUCACGCUCAUAAACCCGAGGUAUAGCGGAGAAAGACGAAGACCCGAGCCAAUGGAGACGCAGGACGAAGGGGAGAAUGAGACGCAAGAUGGAAGAGAGGAGGAGAGGGAGAUGCCGAAGACGCCUAAAGCGAGACGCGGCAUCAAUGUGAACCGCACGCCUUUGAUUAACAGAAGCCGCUCAGUCACUCCUGAACGUUUAGACUCGCCAAUCAGUCCUUCACGCGUAUUGAGAAGCACAAGGAGUAAAUCCCGCACUCCCGAGCGGAGUCCCCAGUCUUCCCCGUUGGCAGCCAUUCCCGAACAACCCGCACAAGAAGUGGACAGCGAACCGCACGGCAAAACAUCGCUGCUUAGUGUUCCCAGAAGACUUAGGAGCAGAUCACGAACCCCAGAGAGGGUGGAGACGAUCAAAGAGUCCCCUCGUUUGGAAGCCAUCACGGAAUCACCUACUAAGUCGUCCAACGAAUCUGCUACGUCGUCUCCUGUACGCCGAAGCUUAAGGAGCCGUUCACGAACGCCUGAAGUGGAAGUUCCUAUUGAGCUUCAAAUACCAGCGAGUCCAAGGAGUCUUAGGAGUAGGGCUAAAACACCAGAGAAAAUUAUGUCGCCUAAAAAAGACCACUCAGUCAGAGGCAAAAAGUCACUAUCGAGAAUUGUUCUUGAAGCUAAUGCAUUCGCUACCACCAAAGCCAACAUGGAGAAGGACGAAGAGACUGAAAAGACAGAGACUGGUAUUGAAUGCACUCCUAUGAAGACUCUCAAAAAAAUUCCUAGUCUGUUGGACGUCACACUAUCUCCAAUAGUCAACAAAUCCGUCCUCCAAAGUUCAAACGAUAGCGUUUUAUCUGAAUCAACCGAUAAAGAAGCUAAAAAUGAUAAAAAUAUAACAGAUCUAGGCCUCAAAACUCUUCCAGCGUUUACCACGAUUCACGAUACUUACAUAGAAAAAUCUGUACUGCGCAGUUACCAAAGCAGCAUAGCCGAUAGCUCAGAAGUGACUCAAGAAGUGAAACAAAUUGAAGUUAGCCGCGAAACUAAUGUAGCUAUGAAAACAUUGCCGGCAUUCACUACAAUUCACGACAUUGAGUUCGAAAAAUCUGUGCUACAUAGUUAUCAAAGUAGUAUGGACGAAUCGUCAAAUGUAAACGAGUCUAAAAAUGAUAAUAAAGUGUUAAAACCAUUAUCUGCUUUUACUUCUAUUAUGGAUGCAGAAUUUAAACCGGUGUUAGGUAGCGUAGAAUCGAGUUUCGCUGAAACGUCGCAGGAAGCUUCUAAAAGUAAUUGGAAGAAUGUUUCUAGUCUCAUGACGAGUGAUAGUGAUAUAGAAAUGAAAGAUAAACGAGAAGAUAAUGCGGCUGUGAUUCAAAAGGAAAAGGAGAGGAUUGUUGAAAUAGAGAGAGAAAUAAAUGAGAUUGAAGGAGACAUGUCUGAUAGCGAUAAUGGUGAGAGUGAUUCGGAUGAUGAGGAGAUAGUGGCGGCUGAAGACAGCGGAGAAGGGGAAGAAGAAAGUGAAAAUUCUAAUGAGGAAUCAUCAUCUUCAAACGACGAUAAUGACGACGAUGUAAUAUCUAUAAAAGAUACGGAUUCUGAAGAAUCUUCCUCAUCAGGUGGUAAACUGCAAAUCCAUGAAGAAACAUCUACAGAGGAUAAUCCGGAAGCGGAACCUAAGGAAACCAUAGUCCAAGUUACAGUAGAAAGAGAUGGUGAGGAAGUAACUAGUGAUCCAGUGAACCAAGGUCAAUCGUCUAUACUAACGGAUGAUAAUUCGGGACGUUCGAACAUAGAUCUGAAUUAUUCUGAUGAGAAAGUAGAAAAUGUACAGGAGAUACACACUACUACAGAUGUAAUAGAAACUAUAGAAAUAGAAGAAAUACCUCAAGAUGUAGUUGCAGAUAUUGUAGAAGAUGUGAAAGUUGUAGUGCAGGAUCCAGAUGAGACUACUGACUCGGAAGUUCCUAUGGAGAUGGAUGAAGCACCAGCGAUACAAGUUAUAGUAGAAGAAAUCACAACCACAACUGAAAUCACAAAACCAGAACUCGCAACCGAAGUUAUAACAGAAGUUGUCGAAGUAACAGAAAUGCGAGAUACCGCUGAUGUUCCAGAUUGUAUAACCAAAACACAUGUACGAAUAGACAAUAGUAAAUCCCAAGACAAAAAACCAGAAGUUGUAAAAAAAGAAUCUCAAAUUACAAAUGAAACAGAUACUAACAAUGCUCCUGGAGAUGAUACAACAAAAACAGAAACUGCUAAUGAGACCGUGAAACCCGCGCGAAUUACUAAACGUACAAAAUCAACUUCGUCCACCAAAGCGGAAACUUUAGAACCAAAACCAACAGAAAUAGAUGAACCCAAGACUCCUUCUAGACGGAAACGCGCUCAGUCCGCGACAUCGAAUAAAUCUAUAGAUGAGACUCCAGAAAGAGCCAAAACUCCUAGUAGUGAAGUGAGGAAGAUUAUGACUAGACGUGCUUCGAGGGAAUUAUCUGAAAAGAUGGACGAUUCUAAGGAGUCUUUGGAUGAGAGUGUGUUGGCCACGCCUAAGAGGCGGGCCACUAGGUCGAGGAGCAAGAACAUUGAUGAUAAUGAAAGCGUGGCUUCUGAAGGUUCAGUGCGAUCAACAAGAAGUCGAGCGAGCGAAGCAAGCGACACUUCGGAAGUUAAAACGGCGCCUCGCAAGGGAAGGAAAUCUAUACUAGCUACGAAGACGGAUUUGUCCGUCAUACCGGAAACUACGGUCGAGGAGUCCAUAAGCGAGCAACUUAUCAAUGAUUAUUCUACAUCUCGAAGACUGACUCGUAACCAGAAAGCGAUGCUGUCUUCGUGGCUGGAGCCUUCCUCCCCCGCGUCCCCCGCGCCCCCCGCGGCCCGCGCGCGCCCCGCCCGCCGCGCGGCCAGCGCAGUGUCCGAGCGCUCGCUGGACGAAGACGACGCCUCCUCCACGCACUCCGACGCGCACGCUGCGGAUAGGAUCGCGUUGAUGAAUAAGGAUGAUUUUGAAGGCUCCCCCGAUCGCGACGAGUUCCCGCUGGUUGGUUCCCCGGAUUCCCGAGCGAGCGACGCCGCGCGCAAACCACGCUUGGCCCGAGCUGCUUCGGAAUCUAGAUCUACGCCCAAAGCGGCUAAGGUUACUAGAAGGAUCUCCGUUGAUAUUGCAUCUCCAUCGGUGGCGGAGUCCCCUCGCGGCCGCCGCGCCUCUUUCACCCGCGCGUGUGAAGCGCUACACACGCCCAAAGGAAGGCGCACUUCUACUGAUUCUAGGAAAGGUGAAUUGGACAGUCCGCAGUCUCCCGCAAACAGCGAGGCGACACCGGCGCGCGCGCGGCGACAAUCAGUCAACACCGCACAAGAGAAAACUGAUGCUGGGAAGAGGUCACGGAAAACAUCGACAGUAGAUGAAUCAAAGGAUACCAAGAAGAAAUAAUAUAGUUUAAUUUAUUUUUCCUUAUUUUUAAUGUAAAGGUUUUAUACUCUAAGUUUUGUUCUGCAUUUAACCAAGUAAAAAUGUGAUACAUG